CGAAUAAAAUUUUGCUGAUGUAAUUUGCUUCGGUUCUUGUAAUUGAAAAUUAAAUUCUUCAAUCCAGUUUGGGGAGUAUUCUUUAUAGCUCUGCUCCUGUUUUUCAAGUGGAAACUUUAGUGAAAAGAUGCCAGACAUGCAAGCCCAUGUUAAUGAAUUUCUUGUAAAGCUUAGAAAGCGUAAAAUUGAGGGUUCACAGGCCACCGCAAAAUUGACAGCUGAGCUUCUCCGGUCGGUGAUUUCGCAGCAAAGAGUGCCUUACUCUAAUCAAGCUGGAGCUUUGGUUGAUGCAAUUAAGGCUGUUGGAGAGCAACUCAUUGCUGCAAACCCUAUUGAGCUUGCUGUGGGUAAUAUUGUGAGGCGUGUUUUGCACAUUAUUAGGGAAGAGGAUCUUUCUCUUACAACAGCAGCCAUGGCUGGAUUGAAUUUAUCAUCUGUAAGUGACGAUGACGAUGAUGCUGAAUAUGAAGAGAAUCCAGUCCUAUCAGCUGCUGCUGUUGCUGCUGCUUCAAGAAGUACACUGCGCCCUCCUUCCUUGCAAACCCUUCUUGAGGAUUUACCUGAUGCUGCGGCUAUUCAUCGCACUUCGUCAUCUGGAGGUGAUUCUGAAGGGAAAAGCAAAUCUGCUGACAAGAGCUCAAGAAGCCGGAGGCUAAAGCACGAUGUCAUUGAAGCAGUUAAUGAGCUUAUACAAGAUAUCAACACUUGUCAUGAGCUGAUUGCAGAGCAAGCAGUAGAGCACAUUCACCAGAAUGAGGUAAUAUUAACUUUAGGCAGUUCAAGAACAGUACUGGAAUUUCUUUGCGCUGCGAAGGAGAAGAAGAGAUCUUUUCGGGUAUAUGUUGCAGAAGGAGCUCCAAGAUAUCAGGGGCAUCUUCUGGCAAAAGAUUUGGUCUCUAGAGGUUUGCAAACCACACUAAUAACUGAUUCAGCUGUUUUCGCCAUGAUAUCCCGUGUGAACAUGGUCAUAGUUGGUGCUCAUGCUGUCAUGGCCAAUGGUGGGGUAAUAGCACCUGUUGGAUUGAAUAUGGUUGCCCUUGCAGCUCAAAGGCAUGCUGUUCCUUUUGUGGUGCUUGCUGGUAGUCACAAGUUGUGCCCUCUCUAUCCACACAAUCCUGAGGUGUUGCUAAAUGAGUUGAGAUCCCCUUCUGAACUGCUUGAUUUUGGAGAAUUCUCAGAUUGCAUGGACUUUGGAAAUGGGACUGGUUCCCCUCUUCUACAUGUUGUUAAUCCAACAUUUGAUUACGUACCACCAAAGCUUGUUAGUUUGUUUAUCACGGACACAGGAGGACAUAAUCCAUCAUACAUGUACCGGCUCAUAGCAGAUUAUUAUUCUGCUGAUGAUUUGGUAGUGCAACGAAGACCUGUUAUCGGUAGCUGAGUUUUUCUCCUAUUUUGUCUUAUACAAGUGAGAUGAAGAAGCAACUUCUGAUAAGGAACAGAUCGGAGAACAUCAAGGUACUUUCAUCCAUCUCAGUUUACAAUUGCCAAUGUUCUGGAACAUCUUGGAAAAAAUGGAGUUCGGGAGGUUAGAAUACAAGUCUGCAACUUCACCGCCACAAAGAAGACAGAACACUUUUGUGUUCGUGGCGAUUUAGGAAGCUUAGCUGUGUACUGAUAGAUAGAUAGAUAGGUUGAAGCGGAGUGGAAGAUACUUUGGCAAUUUGGAGAGUGUUUUUUUUUUUUUUUUUUUUUCAUUAUAAUUAUUAUUAUUUUUAAUAACAAGACAUACAUAUUUUGCAUAGAUAGAAAGUGGACAGGAAAAAAUUGUUACAUUGGUGGCUCAUCUUUUUUUUUUCCAUGCAGUGCUGUCGAAGGAUGGGUUGAAUAGAAUUCAGUAGUUUGAGUAACUGCCAUGAGGUUACUUGAAGUUUCAUCUGAAAAUUUUCUUGAACGAGUGAAUGAGUUUUUCUGGAACAAAAUGAAGCUCUUUUUUUUUUUUUUGUGUUCCAAAAUGCUCAGGACCAAUGUGAAUGUUUAUUUUUUGGUCUCCCAUCAUCGGGUUACAUGUGUUGGAAAUGAUAAAAUUAGCAUUAGUCAG